GGCGCUGCCAAGGCCUGGCCGCCCCGAGAGAAGGUGGGACGGGUGGGUCUUCGUCGUGUGACCCUUGCUCUGCCGCCUCCACCCGCUGCUGACCGUCACUGCCACUCCCGGCAGCAGCAGCAGCAGGCAGCGGUGCCAGGCCUAGUGGCCCUAAGGGGCGGUUGUGACGACCCUAGACCUCACCUCCGCCUGGCCAAUAACGCCGCCCACCGCCAGCCCUCCCUCGACGACUCCGGCGUGGUGGGCGACCAUGACGGGGCUGACAACAUCUCCACACCACAUCCAGCACAUAGCUCAGGAGGGGGUGGGUAAGGCCGAGGGCUCGCUGUAUGCCCGUAGGAAGUGUAACGGCGUCAGCCCUUCGUCACCAGCUGCACUCUCCGCCUCCUCCCAGCACAUCGUCGUCCUAGAGGAUGAAGUGGUGGACAGAAACUGUGACAAGUGUCGAGAGUGUUGCGUCAAUUACCGGAUUUGGCUCAAGUUCCAGAAUAUGAUGCAUGUGGUUGUGCAUGACGCAGUGUUCGACCUGUUCAUCAUGUUGUGCAUCAUCAUGAACACCGUCUUCCUGGCUAUUGAACAUCAUGGCAUGUCUUAUGAACUCAAUAAAGUGUUGGAAGUUGGUAACAGGGUGUUCACGGCGAUAUUCACGUUAGAGUGCAUCAUGAAGUUAAUGGCGCUCAGUAAGGAGUUCUUUGUCAACAAGUGGAACGUAUUCGACCUGGUCAUCGUCCUCGCCUCCCUCCUUGACCUCGCCCUCGAGAUAGGCUCCGGUCUAUCUGUACUACGGGGCAUGAGAUUGUUACGAGUGCUCAAGUUAGCUCAGUCGUGGCGGACUAUGCGAGUCUUACUGUAUAUCAUUGUGUCGACGCUGGGAGCCCUUGGGAACCUCACCUUUGUUCUCAUCAUAUAUAUCUUUGCCGUGAUUGGGAUGCAGUUGUUUGGCAAGAAUUACACGGCCAAGAACUUCGCCCCUGACCCCGUGCCCAGGUGGAACUUCACGGACUUCUUCCACUCUUUCAUGAUGAUCUUUCGUAUCCUGUGUGGAGAGUGGGUGGAUCUCUGGGACUGUAUGCGGGCUGAGGAGAAGGACGGCUCUGAGACGUGCCUGGCUAUCUUUCUGCCGGCGCUGGUCAUGGGCAACUUUAUGGUGCUGAAUCUCUUCCUCGCUCUCCUGCUCAACUCGUUCAACUCCGAGGAACUCAAGUCUCGUCAGGACGACCUCGAGGACGAGUCCAGGGUACUUCAACUCUUCGUCAGAUUGAGGGAUAGUAUAUGUCGACUCAAGAACAAGAACAAGAAGAAGAAGGAGCCAGCGGAAGAGGUUGAAGAAAAGGUGGAGGAAGAGGAGAAGAAGAAAUCCCUGGAGGACGUAAUGCCUGAGAGAGGGGUGAAGCAGGCGUUCAGUGAGCCAGAGAUGCAUACACGGUGUGAGGAGGAAGACGCCAGCACUGAUCCACAGACCAAAGGAUACAAGCGAAUGACCAUUGUAGACAAGAACAACCGCAAUUCGAAAGUAUCUCGACUGCCUCAAGAAAACGGACACAAGGACAAGACUAAAGUAAAUGGAAAGAGAGUAAAAUUUCAAGGUGAUGACGACCGGCCAGAGAUCAUCGAACUUUCUGAUUUCAACCAGGGAGAGCCACAGUUUGCAUUUUGUUCCCGGGUACCUUCACAUCACGAAAAUGGGGACCAGGAAUACCCUGAACAACAGUUUCGAGAAUACCCUUCAAGUGAAUACCGGCAAGAAUACCCAGUUAGAGAAUACCCACAAGAUUACUCGAAUGAAUAUGGACAUGAACAUGAUUACCACCAGUUGCAAUUUCCAGAAUCAAACUUGUCUGAGGGAGAAGCAUACAAUAAUGAGGACAGUGUCUCAGAGGUCAACUUGUCAGAUGGCAACAUUCCCAAAAUGAAGUUGGAUGAGAUGAGCUUCAGUGACCUACACCGGUCAAGCUCUAAGGAUAUUGACGGUUUUCAGGAGGUGAGCUUCGAUCCCAAGGCCAAAGACAUUCAUGGCGAGCCUAAUGGGGGACCCAAGGGGAAACACUGGCAGGCUGUCAAGAACUCAAAGGAAGUGAAGAAGACUCAGUACAAGAAACCUGCAGUGACUGAUGAAACGGUGAAAAGGGACAUGUCAAAAGGGCUGAACAAGACGCAGAGUUGGAGUGCUGUGGUGAGCUACGUGGACACCAUCACCGGUGGAGUCAAGGAUGACGAGGACCCAAGAUUUAAGAGAAGGGAGAUUAUAGCCAAAGAACCUGCAGACUGUUUUCCCAAGCAAAUCUUCAAUAAGUUACAGUGUUGUGGGCGCUGUACACGGACCAAUUUAUACAAGAAGUGGUACCAUUUGAGACAAGCGUGCCUUUAUGUUGUCGACAGUCCCUACUUCGAGUGGAUUGUUCUUAUCCUGAUUUUUGCUUCCUCAGUUACUCUUUGUUUUGAAGACGUUCAUUUGGAUUCUAAAACAGAACUCAAGGAGAGACGGGAGGUUCUCAACUACCUGAAUCUCGUCUUCGCCAUCCUCUUCACCCUUGAGAUGCUACUGAAGUGGGUUGCUUUGGGGUUUGUCAAGUACUUCACUUCUGUCUGGACCAUCCUUGACUGUUUCAUUGUCUUGGUGUCCAUGUGUAGCCUCUUCAUCGAACAAGAUAACCUCAUCGCUCUUCGGAGUCUACGGACACUGAGAGCUUUGAGGCCCUUGCGAGCCAUAUCUCGCUGGGAAGGAAUGAAGAUAGUGGUGAACGCACUCAUGUACGCCAUCCCGUCCAUUUUCAACGUGCUGCUUGUAUGUCUGGUCUUCUGGCUCAUAUUCUCCAUUAUGGGCGUUCAGAUGUUUGGAGGAAAAUUUUACAAGUGUAUUGACCGAGUCACUGGCGAGAUUUUACCAAAGGAGGUUGUUGAUGACAAGGAAGAGUGUUUGAGGAAGAAUUAUAGUUGGAUCAAUAGCAAGAUCAACUUUGAUCAUGUGGGCUAUGCUUAUUUAGCCCUUUUUCAAGUGGCAACCUUUGAAGGGUGGAUGGAGGUGAUGGCAGAUGCUGUAGACUGCCGAGGAAUCAAUAAACAACCCGACAGAGAAGCCAACAUCUAUGCCUAUGUCUAUUUUGUCAUCUUCAUUGUGUGUGGAUCAUUUUUCACUCUCAACCUCUUCAUUGGUGUUAUCAUUGAUAACUUCAAUGCACUAAAAAAGAAGAUGUACGAGGGUGGAGUACUGGAGAUGUUUCUAACGGACUCCCAGAAGAACUACUACACAGCCAUGAAGAAACUCGGCCGCAAGAAGCCACAGAAGGUCAUACGGCGGCCUAAGCACCAAUAUCACGCUCUCUUCUACGAUAUUGCUGUGUCUCGGAGAUUUGAGAUCUCCAUUUUCGUGUUGAUCUUCCUCAAUAUGGUGACGAUGGCCAUCGAGCACUACCACCAGUCACGCACAGUUGCCUUUACGUUGGAAGUCUUCAAUGCCCUCUUCACCACUAUCUUUGGCCUGGAGGCUAUAGUCAAGAUCAUUGGCUUACGCCAUCAUUAUUUCACGGUACCGUGGAAUCUGUUCGACUUCAUUCUCGUGUUUGCAUCCAUCAUGGGCAUCCUUCUUCAAGAUGUGCUCACCAACUUCCCCAUCAGCCCGACACUUCUCAGGGUAGUCCGGGUCUUCAGGAUCGGACGCAUUCUCCGUCUUAUCAAGCCGACGGUGAACGGCCGAAACUCCUUCUUCGGUCAGGCUGCUAAGGGGAUAAGGAAGCUGCUGUUUGCCCUCAUUGUAUCUCUCCCAGCACUGUUUAAUAUCGGUGCUCUGCUGUUCCUCAUCACCUUUAUCUACGCCAUUAUUGGCAUGGCAGUGUUUGGCCACGUACAGCGGAAAGGGGCCCUUGAUGACCUCGUCAACUUUGAGACGUUUGGCAACAGUAUGAUGCUCCUAUUUAGACUCAUCACAUCAGCGGGCUGGAAUGAUGUUCUCGACCCUCUGAUGGCUCAGCCGCCAGACUGUGACAUCAAUUACAUGAACCAGCCCAAUGGCAACUGUGGCCACCCUGCCAUCGCUAUUGUAUUCUUUGUUUCCUUCAUCAUCAUCAACUUCAUGAUCGUAAUUAACAUGUACAUUGCUGUUAUUUUGGAGAACUUCAACCAAGCCCACAAAGAGGAGGAGAUUGGCAUUGUGGAGGACGACUUGGAGAUGUUCUAUGUUAGAUGGUCCAAGUAUGACCCUCAUGCUACACAGUUCAUCAGCUUUUCACAACUCUCAGACUUCAUUUCAAGUCUGGACGGUCCUUUUGGAAUACCCAAGCCCAACACUGUUGCCCUUGUGUCCUUCGACCUUCCCAUAGCCAGGGGGGAUAAGAUCCACUGUCUGGACAUCCUUCAUGCUCUCACAAAACAUGUCCUUGGCCAUGUAGAGGAAACAGAGGAAUUUAAGAGGCUCAAGAUGCAGAUGGAAGAAAAGUUUAAGAAGCAAUUCCCUACACGCAAAGAGCUCGAGAUUGUUUCUUCUACCCGGCGUUGGAAGAAGAUGGACUCGGCAGCUAAGACCAUCCAACAAGCUUGGCGAGGUUUCAUGAAGUAUCGGCGAGAGUUGGAAAAGAAGAAUUUACUCCUGGAAGAGGCACAGACUCAAACCUCCUCUCCAGGGGGGUCAUCAAUACGAUCUGGUUUCAAGAAAGUAUCAAACUUGCUGCAGGUAGUUCCCAUGCCUAUGAGUGUGCCUCGCCGAAGGUCCGUCACUGUCCUCCAGGUGGAUGGAGGAGGAUCAAGCUCACGUCGUGCUUCCCGCUCCUCUGUGAAUGAGGUGUCUACGUCUCCCCGUGGGUCUUUCUUCUUCUUCCCCAUCUCACGCCGUGCUUCUCGAGCUUCGGCAACUUCUGCCACCUCAGGAGCAUCCAAUCCAUCAUUAGUGUCUGUACAGAUCCAUCGCGUCGCUGACCACGACUCGCCUCACGCUUCUCAAGGCUCCACAGAAGCCCUCAACACUGAGGCCAGCUGACGUAAGCCUUCUCUGGGCCCACCUUGAUGCCCUCCCCCAAUGUAACCGGUGCCCCUAGCUGAACGCCAACACCUUCUCAAUGACUGUGUUGCGUUAAAGAUAGCUGAUAGUCUUCUAGUUGAAAGCUGAUGGCUAACAGUUACAUAGGUCCUUGCUUACACUUUUGUGACCGAGCCUGACCCAUGUGUUGCCCGGUCACUCUUGCCUGACUGGCGUUAACCCAGUUUAUUCCUGUAAGCCCAACUGUGAGGCUUCAUGCGCUACGAGUACCCAAAGGAGAAGAGAAGGAGCGCUUUGGCUGCUCUGACUGUUACAACUUAGUAUUUCCAUACGUUCCUGAAAUCUUUGUCAUGUUGACCAUUGGCACGUGUUUCAAUUAGAUAUAAAAUUUUAGACCAAGUUUAUUGCUUUAUGGCAAAGAUGAAGUCAUUUUUUAUUAUAAAUAGUUUCCAUUGACAUGUGCCAUUGUUGUUGUAUAUAAGAAGUAUUUUCACCGGUGGAAUAUUUCAUUUCUAAUUCCAGAUAUCAACAUAUAUGCAAUUUGCUUUUCUCCUGCAAUUGCCAUAGGCUCACUAUAACCUGCAAAUGCAAAAAUUGGUUUUCUUAUAGAAAACCUUAAAAAUGUUAUAAGUCAAAGAUGGUCUUGAAAAAGAGGACAUUAUAAGUACAGUAAUAAACAUACUACAUAGUUCUUUAAUAACAAAGUAACAGGAGUUUUAUAUUGUCUCACCCAAAAUAAUGCAAAUAUGUCUACAUCUCUUUUUCAAGGUCUCGGUCAUAUACUCAAUAUUUUUUAUGGCAUUAUAGCCUAUCGUUAUCCCUGCACAUGAGCAUGGAACCAUCGCGAAACGAUAUGCAAGUAGAGUUAUUUGCCAGUUUGUUAGCUUUGCUGUAGGGUGCCAAAGAUUUUGUUCAUGCCUUAGUCUACAAAAGCUCUUUACAAAGUCAAGUUUCAUGGGGAUCAGCCCUCACUGUGAAAAUGAACUUUCAACACCCACCUCAGUAGAAUGUCUGGUGCAGGGUAGUUCAAAAUAGUUUCUCCUUAAACCCAUUAUCUUGGAGCCAUGAGACUUGACAUAUACGCUCCUCUCUUUAGCCUAUAUUUAGGUUCAUGUUAUAGAUAAAACGUGCCAAAAUAUCUGCACCAGCUUUUUAAGGAUCACCUCAAAAAUAUAAAUUAAUUCUAAUGUAAUUAACGUACUUGUAUAAUAUUGUACAUAAUUAUAGUUUUACUUAUCAAAGCAUAAUUCGUUAACUCUUGGCAAAAUGUAAUCAUAUUUGUAUUGUACAGUGUUAGGUGACUGCCGAGUUAUCAGGUCAAUGUAUCUUUGAUGUUCUUGUUAUUAUUAAAUUUUGAAAAGAUGCUGUAUACCAUUCUCUGAUACUAUUGUUUGCCCAUGUGAGGUCACUGAUCGCAUCUUUCAUACAAAACAAAGUAAAUACUAACUUUUUGCAUGAUACUGCCUUCUUGUACCAAUAUUCCUAAUAAUGAAAAUUAAAAAACUGCACGAAAUAAAUUUUUUAUCAUAAGGGAAUUAAGUACUUACUAGAAUUCCAUUUAAUUUCCCUUUUUUUUUCAUGACAAAGAAGUAAUGUGACAGGUAUACGUAAUUGUCCCUCAGUACUUCUUACUCCGUACUUCAAUUACAAUGGACCAAGUUACUGUUAUAAUACUCAGAAACAAUAGAAUUAUUUGCUUUUACAUGUUAAUACACUUACAUUUUAUGUUAUUAAUUAACAUGAACAAUAUUAACUUGAGCAAAGCAUUAUAUAUCAUUAUUAACAUGAACAAAGCAUUAUACAUCACAAUAUUAACAUGAACAAAGCAUUAUACAUCACAAUAUUAGCAUGAACAAAGCAUUACAGGUAUACAUUACAAUAUUAACAUGAACAAAGCAUGAUACAUCACAAUAUUAGCAUGAACAAAGCAUUACAGGUAUACAUUACAAUAUUAACAUGAACAAAGCAUUAUACAUCACAAUAUUAACAUGAACAAAGCAUUAUACAUUACAAUAUUAACAUGAACAAAGCAUGAUAAAAUAUUAGUUUUUGGUCAUCCGGGGAAUCUUAGGAAUUUAACUACGCGUAUUGGAAUCAGUAGUUUAGACAAUUCUAACACAAUUUUCUUCUAUGACGUUUCCCUCGCAAAUGACCUGACCUAACCUCCUAAAUGGGGGGGGGGGGGCUCGGCCCCCCCACCCCGGCAUACUGUAGUCAUUUGCGAGGGGAAACUUCAUAAAAGAAAAUUGUGUUAGAAUUGUCUAAACUACCGAUUCCAAUAGUUAAAUUCCUAAGAUUCCUCGGAUGACCAAAAUUUAAAUAAUACACAAUGCAUUAUACAUCACAAUAUUAGCAAAGCAUUAUACAUCAUAAUAUGAACAAAGCAUUAUACAUCACAAUAUCCAGCAUUAUUUGGGAUCUGGUUAACCAGGUCUUGCUUAAUUGGUGUACUGGUGUCACCAACUAUUCCUAGACCAUAACAUAACUAAGCCAAGAUGCACCGCGUGUGAAGUUCUCACUGAUUAUAUGAUUUCACUGAUAUUUUGUGUGCAUUGCAACACCCAGCAUGACCAUGUUCAUCCUUUCACAAUUAAUACAUCUUUGCCUUCAAAGUAUAUAAAAUUUGACAGUGAAUAUUUUUAAUGUCUGUAUUUUAUAUACGCAAAAAGUACCUAUCCAUAUUUUAGAGUAGGCCUUCUUUGCCUUGGUCAGAUAGAUAUAAUAUUGCUAAAAUUUGUUGUCCUUGUUACUGUUCAUAACUCUUUAUAACUAAUAAGGGAUUUCCUGUAAUUUGUUUUCUUGAGUUUUUAAGGCAGUUGAAUAUUUUUAUUAUUGUGAAUGAAUUUACUAUAUAAAAUGUUAAGCUGUGAAGCUCAUACCAUAACUCAUAAAGUAGAAUAUGUUAGAGUAGUACAUUGUAAUCAUAAUUUUCAUGGUGCCCAUAUUUUAAGGACAAUUAAGGGAAAGAUUAAAAGAAAAUGCAACUACCAUAUUUAAACUGUAGUAGACUUGCUACUAGCAGGCUAGACUAAUAAAGACUGUGUGUACCUUUAAAGUAAGGUAAUUUAUCACUGUUAUAUAGUGAUCAAUACUUUACUUUAUAGCUACGAGUCUACGACAGUGACCAAAAACGGUCUCUACAGUGGAUUAAAAAUUUUUACUGGGAAUAUUAUGAUUGUGAUACAAGACUUAGAUAGCAAACCACCUUGACUGUAGGGGAGCAGGCAAGGUGGUGCCGGUGGCUGGUUACUGUCUUGUAUCAAAACAGUGCCCUGCCUCACAUAGUGCGAGUAGGAGUAGUGCAGGACUCGCCAUUGUAAAUAUUAUCCACCACCAGUCUCAGGUCAUCACCAUUGUCAUGUCAUCACCUCACAUCAGCAAGAGCUAGAACCUUCAGGAAUUUCUCUCAGAAGAAACAUGAAAAUGUGAAUCUGAAAACUUUGUUGCAUAAGCAUUUGUUUUAGUACAUAAUCCAUCAUUAAAUCCAUAAGUUCCUUUUCA